UCAGUUGUAUCUUCACCAUGGCCUGGACUCUUCUCCUCUUCUUCCUCCUUCAAUGUACAGGGUCUUUCUCCCAGCCUGUGCUGACUCAGUCACCCUCAGCCUCUGCCUCCCUGGGAGCCUCAGCCAAACUCACCUGCACCUUGAGUAGUCAGCACAUCAGCAACUACAUUGAAUGGUUCCAGCAACAUCCAGAAAAGGCUCCUAAGCAUCUGAUGCAUCUUCAGAGUGAUGGAAGCCACAGCAAGGGGGAUGGGAUCCCUGACCGCUUCUCUGGCUCCAGCUCUGGGCCUGAUCGCUACUUAAGCAUUGACGAUAUCCAGCCUGAAGAUGAAGCUCACUAUUACUGUGGUGCAAAUUAUAGCAAUGGAUACUGGGUGUUUGGCGGAGGCACCACAUUGACUGUCCUAGGAGAAGCAGCUGUUACACCUUCAGUCUCCCUGUUUUCACCACCCUCUGAGGAGCUCAAGACCAAAAAGCCCACACUGGUGUGUGUGAUGACUGUCUUUUACCCAGGUAUUGUGACAGUGACCUGGGAGGCAGAUGGUACACCUAUCACCCAGGGUGUAGACACCACUAAGUCUUCUAAACAGAUUGACAGUUUCUUGUACAUGGCUAGCAGCUACCUGACCUUGAGAGAAGAAGAAUUGAAAUCUAUAAGCAGGGUCAGCUGCCUGGUCACUCAUGAAGGGGACACUGUGGAGAAGAGCUUGUCAACUACAGUGUGUUUCUAGGCCUUUCAAUGUUCAUCUCGCCCACAGAGGCUGGGAUUUGAAUCAUGCACAAGUAUACCUUACUGCUCUUACCUACCAUAGCCCUUUCCCUGCUCCUGAAAU